ACCACCAGAUUGGUGACCAGAGAAAGAAAAAACCAAGAGGGGGAGAAGAUUCCAAUGCAAAGCCUAACUCAGCUCUGUAUCACUCUCUUAUCAUCUCUGCCAUAUCCAAAAUGAUGGCGCUUCCUUCUCCUGCCAAACCCUUGCAAAACCUCCUCAGCGCCAGGUGCAUCUCUUUCUUUAACUUGUGCAUUAAUCGUAUUUGUCUGUAAAGUGUGCUUCUUUAUCAAGAAAUCGGAUGGCGUCGACGCCACCACACUGCUCAAUCACUGGAACCAAGCCUUAUCAGAACCAACCUUACCCACAAAAUCACUUGAAUAAUCACCGCCAAAGCCACCAUCAGAACCCCCAACGACGCUGGACCAAUCAUAAAGUUUCUCUUGCAAAACCCCUUCUUUCUCCCUCCCCCCGCAGUGCACCUAAACCUGGUGCUUCCACUGGCGCCGCUCCCCAUACCCAGAACCCUACCUUCACUUCUCUCUCCACUCUUCAACCAAAGAAAUCUGAGCUCACCGCCGAUUUCUCGGGUCGCUGUUCCACCCGAUUCGUGUCAAAGCUACACAUUGGGCGCCAAAAAUCCAUUCCGAAUGCCCGGCACACCUCAGCCGCUGAGGAAGCUUUGCAUCAAGUGGUCCUCUAUGCGAAAGACGAUCAGGCCCUUGAGAAUGUGUUGCUCAAUUUCGAGUCUCGGUUCUGUGGUUCCGAUGAUUAUACUUUCUUGCUUCGAGAGCUUGGAAACAGAGGAGACUCUUCUAAAGCAAUCCGAUGCUUCGAGUUUGCAGUGAGAAGAGAAAAGAGGAAGAGCGAGCAAGGAAAAUUAGCUAGUGCCAUGAUUAGUAUUCUCGGGAGGCUAGGUAAAGUGGAGCUUGCAAAGGCUGUGUUUGAGACUGCUCUUAGAGAGGGUUAUGGUAGCACUGUGUAUGCUUUUUCUGCGUUAAUCAGUGCUUACGGAAGAAGUGGUUACUGCAAUGAUGCUAUUAAGGUUUUUUAUUCAUUGAAGGCUUAUGGGCUGAAGCCAAAUUUGGUCACUUACAAUGCUGUGAUUGAUGCGUGUGGGAAAGGCGGUGUGGAGUUUAAGAAGGUAGUGGAGAUUUUUGAUGAGAUGUUGAAAAAUGGAGUGCGACCAGACCGAAUUACAUUUAAUUCGCUGCUUGCUGUGUGUAGUAAGGGAGGGCUAUGGGAGGCAGCAAGGAGUUUGUUUACUGAAAUGAUAAAUAGAAGGAUUGACCAGGAUAUAUUCACUUACAAUACACUUUUGGAUGCAGUCUGUAAAGGUGGGCAAAUGGACAUGGCUUUUGAGAUUAUGUCUGAGAUGCCUGCCAAGAAUAUAUUGCCUAACGUUGUUACUUACAGUACUGUGAUUGAUGGGUAUGCUAAAGUUGGUAGAUUUGAUGACGCUCUUAAUUUGUUCAAUGAAAUGAAGUUUUUGGGGAUUGGUUUGGAUAGAGUUUCAUAUAAUACUUUGCUUUCUGUUUAUGCUAAGCUUGGAAGGUUUGAGGAGGCUUUGGAUGUUUGUAAGGAGAUGGAGAAUUCUGGUAUUAGGAAAGAUGUCGUCACUUACAAUGCACUUUUGGGUGGGUAUGGAAAACAGUGCAAGUUUGAUGAGGUGAGGAGAGUGUUUAAGGAGAUGAAGGAGGCGUGCAUAUCACCUAAUUUAUUAACUUAUUCAACCUUGAUUGAUGUUUACUCAAAAGGUGGCCUAUACAAGGAAGCAUUGGAAAUUUUUAGGGAGUUUAAGAAUGCCGGAUUGAAGGCUGAUGUUGUUCUAUAUACUGCACUCAUAGAUGCCCUGUGCAAGAAUGGAUUAGUGGAAUCUGCAGUGACUUUACUUGAUGAGAUGACUAAGGAGGGAAUCAGGCCUAACAUUGUCACUUAUAAUUCUAUAAUUGAUGCUUUUCGUGGGUCAGGAAUCACACAAUGUGUGGUUGAUGAUGCUGGUGUAGCCUGCAUAUUGCAAGUUAAGUCUUCAUCUAUAAGUGUUUUUCAGCAAGCUACUGAAAGUAAUGUGACCGACAGGGAGGAUGAUAGGAUCAUAAAGAUUUUUGGGCAGCUUGCUGCUGAGAAGGCAACUCAAGAAAAUAACAUUGGCAGGCAGGAAAUUUUGUGCAUUUUGGAUGUCUUUCAGAAGAUGCAUGAGCUGGAGAUCAAACCAAAUGUUGUCACGUUCUCUUCCAUUUUAAAUGCUUGCAGUCGCUGUGAUUCCUUUGAAGAUGCUUCAAUUUUACUGGAGCAGCUUCAAUUAUUUGAUGGCCAGGUGUAUGGUGUGGCACACGGACUUCUAAUGGGUUACAGAGAAAACGUCUGGGUGCAAGCACAGUCCAUAUUUGAUGAACUCAAAUUGAUGGACUCUUCAACAGCGUCUGCCUUCUAUAAUGCUCUGACUGACAUGCUGUGGCACUUUGGUCAGAAACGAGGGGCCCAACUGGUUGUACUUGAAGGGAAACGUCGGCAAGUAUGGGAGAACGUCUGGACUGAUUCUUGCUUAGAUUUGCAUCUGAUGUCUUCUGGGGCUGCUCGGGCAAUGAUCCAUGCAUGGUUGCUGAACAUACGCUCUAUUGUGUUUGAUGGCCAUGAAUUGCCAAAAUUGUUAAGCAUUUUGACUGGAUGGGGCAAGCACAGCAAAGUAGUAGGUGAUAGUGCACUGAAGCGAGCUGUUGAGGCACUUCUAACCGGUAUGGGUGCACCGUUUCGGCUAGCAAAAUGCAACAUAGGUCGAUUUAUAUCUUCAGGACCUGUUGUUGCUGCCUGGUUAAGAGAAUCUGGCACACUAAAACUGCUUGUACUUCAUGAUGAUAGAACUCAUCCUGAAAAUGUGAGCUUUGGUCAAAUCUCUAAUUUACAGAUGCUUCCCUUGUAGCUUGUUGUAUCAUCCCCCCAACCCCUUAGCAUGUUCAUGUUUAUUCCUUGUAUGUGUUCCUCUGUGUGUGUGCAUGAAUGCGCAAGUGCAUUCUUGCUUUUGCUUUAACAUCAAUUUUAUCUUCGUGCUCCA